ACGUGACCAAAAUUUCCUUCGGGUUUUGAAUCACAUGAUCAUUCGUGUAGUGUGUGAUUCUAUUCCGAGUGUGUUUUAAGUGAAAAUAUAUUUUUCUGUAAUAAAUUUUAUCGUGAUAUAAUUGUACAGUUAAACUACUAAAGAUGAAGAAAAAGGUGCUUUUAAUGGGGAAAAGUGGCUCAGGUAAAACAAGUAUGCGGUCUAUUAUAUUUGCAAAUUAUAUUGCACGUGAUACUCGACGCCUCGGUGCUACUAUUGAUGUCGAGCAUUCUCAUGUUCGUUUCCUUGGAAAUCUUGUUUUAAAUCUUUGGGAUUGUGGGGGCCAAGAAGCGUUUAUGGAAAAUUACUUUGCAAGUCAACGAGAUAGCAUAUUUAGAAAUGUUGAGGUUCUCAUUUAUGUUUUUGAUGUUGAAUCACGUGAGUUAGAAAAAGACAUGCACUAUUAUCAGUCAUGUUUAGAGGCUAUUCUUCAAAACUCUCCUGAAGCAAAAGUAUUUUGUUUAGUACAUAAAAUGGAUUUAGUUCAAGAAGAUCAAAGGGAAUUGAUAUUCAAAGAACGUGAAGAAGAUUUAAAGAAACUUUCACGGCCGAUUGACUCUAUUUGUUUCCGAACAUCCAUCUGGGAUGAAACCUUAUACAAAGCUUGGUCUUCUAUUGUUUAUACUCUUAUUCCAAAUGUGCAGCAAUUAGAAAGUAAUCUGAAUCAAUUUGCUAAUAUUUUGGAUGCUGAUGAAGUACUAUUAUUUGAAAGAGCAACAUUUUUGAUGAUAUCUCACUGUCAAUUACGUGAACAUCGCGAUGUCCACAGAUUUGAGAAGGUGUCUAAUAUUAUCAAGCAGUUCAAAUUAAGUUGUAGUAAAUUAGCUGCACAGUUUCAGAGUAUGGAAGUCUGUAAUAAGCAGUUUGCUGCAUUUAUAGACAUUUUUACUCCUAAUACUUACGUUAUGGUUAUUAUGUCAGAUCCCAGCAUACCAUCUGCAGCAACACUUAUUAACAUAAAAAAUGCCAGGAAACAUUUUGAAAAAUUAGAAGGUGUCAAACAAUCCCAGCAUAAUCUAGCAGGAAGAUAAUAGAAAAAUUUAAAAGGAUAUUUGUGAAUGGACAUAUAAAAAUGUAUAACUUGAGUGUCAAGAUUUCACUAUAAAUCUAGUGAACACGUGAUGAUGAUUUAUUUUUAAAUUGGAUCUGAGUGCUAAAACAAUUAUGUGAAUAAUUCUUAUUAUUUUGUAACGAGCAAUGAAAUAUUACAAUGUAUAAAGUAAUUUAAAAUUUUGUUCAUAAAUUCUAAAAAUUAUUUGU